UUUCCGUGAUCGCUCAGUUUCACUUCCACUGUUUAUUUCUGAGGGUGGCGGUUCCUUUGCAAGCAUCCCUUUAGAUACAGCUCUAUGCUUACACGUGUGCACCUACAGGGCCCUGUGAGCCUCCAGCUAUGCCAAAUUUCCCAGCGGAGGUGGUUUCCUGGCCACGAGCUUCCAGGAGUGCUGCAUGAGGCAGCAGAGCAGAGGGCUCAGCGCUGAGCUGGGUGCCCUGGCACCGCUCUCCCCGUGCUCUCGGUGGCAAUGCCUGGAUGGGAAACUUAUUUAAAAUCUGGAAGAGAGCAGCUUCACUUGUGCAAGAUCCGUAAUCCGGUCAUUCAACACUGAUGUCUGCAACGAAGGAGUGCCAAGGAGAUACGAUGCCCACUUGUUUUCGCCAUCGAUACCCAUCGCUGGGUGCAGGAUGGGGGAGAAGGAGCAGCAUUGCUGUGCUGUGCUGAAGGCACGGCCGGCCUCCAUGUGCUGUGUUAACCCAGGCUCUCUCAUUCACACAGCACAAAAGGCACUCCAUUAGGGAGACACUCUUUCAGUAAGUUUUAUUUGAGAUGUUUGACCCGCUGGAUUUAAGAGGUACAAUUUGUAACAGCUUUUUAUUAUUAUAUGAUUUUUCUGGCCCUUUGAGCUCCGGCAGCCGGGAUAUUGUUUCGGAGUUAUGGUCCUUGUGUUUUGAGCCGGGCUGUGGGGCCUGAAUGGCAGGCAGCGGAAACUUGAAAGAAAGACACUAGAUUGAUUGGGGGAGAAAAUAACAAAGCAAAAAGCCCGAGUGAACUCAGGGGGACGCGGAGAGGAGCAGCUCUUCCUGGGAGGCUCGACGAGAUGCAAGUCAGAAAUUUGGUUAACAUUUUCCUCUAAAUGUUAAUGGCACAUCCAGGGCAGUUUACAAAUCUACUUAAGAGUGAGUGCAUUAGGAACUAAAAUUACUGAUCCAUUCUCUCUCGUCCCUGACCCGAAAGGCAGACGUUUGCGGAGAUCAGAUGGCAGAAGCGCCCAUUAUGAUUUUAAAUAUUGUCAGAGACGCCAGGCAUUUUAUUGGCGAAGUCUCUUCUUUUACUAACAGGGAGAGUGCCUGCGCGUGUUUGUGAUGAUGGAUCACACACAUGCACCCAUACAGCCUCAUUCAUACAUCCCAGGGCCAUGCAUCGUAGGAUCCUACGGGUGCGAGUAUGACCUGCAGUGUAUGCUGUCAGAGUGGGGGAAAACACACAGCUGCUGGGUAUGGCAGUGGGUACGGCAUAAACACGGCUUGUGGUGAUACGGGUAACGGUGCACGAUAAGUACUUCUAUGUAGUUACACACACAUACAAGCAAAUGAGGGCUGUGUGUACGUGUGGGCAUUCUUGUGUGGAUGCAGUUAGAUGUACACGCCACUUUUCCCGUAUCAAAUUCCAUUUAUCAUUUGGAGUUACCAUCCUAAUUUGAGACCGAAGCUUGUUUAUUAGCGGGUGAUUAAAUCUGCAUGCUGCUCUCCCUGCUUUGCCUUUCAUCUGCCUGCACUGGAUGGCACCCUUAACCUGGAAGGCCAGAGCUGCUCUCGGCAGCGUGAGAAGUUCUCUACUGAUUUCCUUGAGCGAGCGCAGUGGUGGGACCCACACCUAACCCAUCAUCUUCUCUCUUCUGUUUCCUUGCAGCGUCCGGAGGGUGAUGACGCUCCAGUAGGUUUUCCAGCCCUCGCUUUGCUUUCCCUCCAGGGAAGGUCGUUCCGCACACGAUCCCGCUGAGGAAAGACACUCCGAUGGACUUACACCGGGCCGCCUUCAAGAUGGAGAACUCGCCCUACCUCCCCAACCCGCUGGCCUCCCCGGCUCUGAUGGUCCUCGCCUCCACUGCCGAAGCCAGCCGCGACGCCUCCAUCCCGUGCCAACAGCCGAGGCCUUUCGGGGUCCCAGUCUCAGCAGACAAGGACGUGCACAUCCCCUUUACCAAUGGCUCCUACACCUUCGCCUCCAUGUACCACCGGCAAGGCGGUGUGCCGGGCGCCUUCGCCAACCGUGACUUUCCUCCCUCUUUACUUCACCUCCACCCCCAGUUUGCACCCCCCAACCUGGACUGUACCCCGAUCAGCAUGCUGAACCACAGCGGGGUCGGGGCCUUCCGCCCCUUCGCCUCCAGUGAGGACCGGGAGAGCUACCAGUCGGCCUUCACGCCGGCCAAGCGCCUGAAGAACUGCCAUGACACCGACUCGCCCCACCUGCGCUUCUCGGAUGCCGACGGGAAGGAGUACGAGUUUGGCACCCAGCUCCCCUCCAGCUCCCCUGGUUCGCUCAAAGUUGACGAGACGGGGAAGAAGAUCUUUGCAGUGUCGGGCCUCAUUUCAGACCGGGAGACCUCGUCCAGUCCUGAAGACCGAAGUGACAGAUGUAAGUACCCCCGUUGGCUUGUUGGCGUUCCUCUCGUUGUGCGCGGUUGAGAUACCCAGCAGGCGGCUGUCCUUGUGCUGAAGGAGGGGACGAGCAGCCUUUGCUCCCUGCCGCCCCGCAGCAUUGCCACGUUUCUUAUAAAUGGACCGUGACAGGUUGCAAGGGGAGGUGCUCUGGAAAGAAACCUGCCUUUCAGGCAAUGCUGACCUGUUGUUAUGUGCGAAAAAGAGUCUGAGCCCCAGAGGAGGGAUAUGGGUGCUAUACAUCAAUGUGUGUGAGCAAGGCUUCAGCUGGAGACUUCCCUAGAGCUUGCAGGAUAUGCACCUCGAGCUUUGGGGCUUUUAUCCUGAUCUUUUCUUUAUGCACACUGUUCUCGUAGCAAAUGCAUCACCCCAGGAUUUGUGCCUCAGGUGGGGACACUGAGCAUAUUCCUGGUCAGCAAGAUCCCUCUUCAAAGCAUAACCCAAGUCUGUUCUUUCAGGUCAAAAAACUGCAUCCCAAAUAGGUUGUGUGUGUUUCCCACAUUGGUGGCUUGGAAGGUGAAGCUCUAUGGCUGUAGCUCCUCAGUUACCCCUCAUCAUUCCCUGCUAGCACAGGGACAGUGUUCCAGGGAUGGCUCCAGCGCUUUGAACAGGGCAGGUACCCCAAAAAAAGCACUGAGUUAUGGUCAGUUUGCCUCUAAGAAGCAGUGAGUUUGCUGCUACGCAUAUGCUCCUUUGUUCUACUGAAUUUUGUUCCUAGAAAAUAGUUCUUUUUCUGUUGUUGUUGCUAUGAUUACUAUAUUUUUUUGUGAUGAAACUCUGCUGCCCUGCUUCCCCCUCUCCCUUUCAGGCACGAUUUUUCCUCUCCCCUUUAUGAUGCCGAGGAGGUAAUAGAGACGUUGUGGCUCUGCCUCUCCUGUCGGCGCUGCUUCCCCAGCCUGUCUCCUUGCAUUAGGCACCGCGCUAACUUACCGCCGCUAAAAGGCAUCUGCCUAAACCCUGCGUACCUUUUCAAUAAAAGUCAUCAUAAAAUCAACCUGCCUUGUAAAUCCAUCGCUCUUUGCUUUUGAAAUAUGCCGCCAGUGUGUCUUUUAUGUCCGCGUUCGCAGGGUGAUUCCUGCUGAAGGCAGAAGCUCUGUGUUCCGUGCAUUAUUCUGCAUUGGGAAGGCAGGUGGGAUCUCAACGGGGACUUUUUAUGUCUGCUGCAUGGCAGAGCAGAGCAGAGGCGACAUCCCCAGUGUUCCACCGACAUUAAAAUUCUCGCGUAACUACUGGGACAGUUUACACUAAACAUGUCUGUUGGCUCUGUAUCGUAUUUCCGUCAUAUAUAGAUGCUGCACCAUGGAAACUCAGCUCCAUUAGCACCGCAGGUUUAUCUGGCGCCCGAUAUGCGGGAUGGGAGUGUUUGCUGUAGUGCCAUUUACACAUGCAUGUGGUUGGCCUUGCUCUCUAGGUAUAUACCUGGGGAUUGUAGACUCCGCUUGUUGGGCCAUGAGGAUCUGGGUGUGCCUGUUUGAUGCGGCCGUGUGUCAGAGCAGGUAGGCGACUGUAGCAAGAUGCAAUAGGGCUCCUACCAGAGAUUGCAACUGUUGAACAUUGUCUUCAACCAGCAUCACCUUGUUCAGGUUUGCAGGCUCAAAUUUUCAGUUGUAUUUUUCAGAUUCAUGAAAGCAUUUGUGUUA